CGCGAACGUUUGUGACAGUGAGGUUUUCAGUCCGAAACAUUGUUUUUCUGUGAUGUUACUCAUGUGCGAGGAUUCAAAAUGUGAUACUUUUUUGUCGUGCAAUGUAAAUGGAUUAUAACUGGUGCUUUGAAUAAUUAGAAUAAUUGAGCCAAGUAAGAUGCCUUCAAAAUGCUUUUACCGGAUGAAACGUACGAGCAGAAUGCUCUGGUGGCAGGACAUCUAUUGGCAGUACUUCGCACGUACGACGAAUUUCUUACCAGAUACCGGAUUAGACCGGAAUUUUUCUGCAGGUACAGAGAAAAAGAGGCCCUGCAGAAGAACCUGUACCGAAUCCUUGCCUCGUCUAAGUCCAGAAGCUCAGAUGGUAGAUUUAAAGGUACUGUGGAAUCAGCUGAGCUCAAAGUCACACUGUCUCAUGUGA